UUGUUUUACGGCGUUGCGACAAAUCUCCACUAAUUCCGGUCGAAGCAACCAAUUCUCUGCGGUCGAAAGGUCGAUGUUCGUGGUUGUCUUUGCCAUACGCUCGGUCACGGCGCCUUUGAUCUUGGGCAUGAUAGCCUCAACAUUUGACCAGCCCCGUUUAGAUAGUGCCAUGGUGUUCCUAUAUCUCUAAAUGCCCACUGUUUGUACUUACACUAUUCGGUGGCCGGAGCGGCUAGAUUGCAAUCGCGCUCGGCCCGCUUACGGGGUUGGAAUCCCGACCUCGAAACUCAACCAACAAACGGCUAUACCUGAGUACUCAUGUGACAAAAUUGCCUUAGGACCUUUCAUCCAAUCUAUGACGAUGGAGCCAUACGAGGUCUUGGUGGGAAUUCUAUAUGCUUACCCGUUGUCACUGUGGGCAGUUUUGUUCGUCUGCUCUCUUAUCCUGCAUAGCCGUACAUCUUCAUGGGUACUUGAAGGACUUAAAGAAAGAAGAGUUUGGACGAUUAUCUGGAUCUUGCAACUGUUUCUGGCCCUGUGCUUUCUGGCCAGCGCUAUCCUCAGUACACCUGGAUAUAUUUCAUCGAUUCGCAGCCACAAGGAAAUUCGCCUCAAUGGGGGAUACGUCAUCACGUACGCUGCCAUAUUUCUCUAUUUUGCGGCAGGCCUCCUACCGAGCCCUGACGGACCAUUCCACCCAUCCGCAGCGCAUUGUUAUACAUGGAUUACUGCAGCCACAAUGGAGGGGGCAGUACUCACAUUGUCGUUGAAAUUCGACAUCGUCGCCUUCGGCUUAGUUCAAUCCAUCUUAGCAAGUCUCCGAAUUGCAGUUCUCCUUUGCAUGUCCGGAAUUCACCUGUAUUUGCAAAUAGAUGUUACCCUAAACUGGAAUGAAGCAUCGGAGACAGAAGCGCUACUUAAUACUAAUUCUGAAGGGUAUGGAACUAGCAAUAAGCCUUCAUCAGUGUCGCACACGGCUCCCAAGAGGGAACAAGGAGGGUGGUUGGAUUAUUUCAUUGGGUUCCGUAUACUUUUUCCGUACCUAUGGCCUUCCGAUUCUCGAAAACAGCAACUCAUAUUAGUGGUUUCUCUGAUACUUGUUAUUGGUCAGAGAGUGAUUAACGUCCUUGUUCCGUAUCAACUGGAGCAAUUGAUUAAAGGAAUGGGUGAAGGGAAAAUGCCGCUGAAGGAGACUGGACUGUAUGUUCUCUACCGCGGUCUCCAAGGCCAACAAGGUGUACUAGGAUCAAUUCGCGCAAUACUUUGGAUACCCCUAAGCCAGUCACUCUUCCGAAGACUCACUACGGCAGCCUUCCGGCACGUUCUAUCAUUGUCGCUUGAGUUCCAUCUCAGCAAGAGGAUUGGUGAGGUGCUUAGCGCACUCAAUAAGGGUAGUUCUUUGAAUACCUUUCUCGACAGCUUCGCGUUUCAACUAUUCCCGAUGGUUUUUGAUCUAGGCGUUGCCGCUGCCUACUUUCUUAUCAGACUGGAUCCGUUCUACUCCGUCAUAUUGAUUGCGGUAAUGUGGUGCUACAUCUAUAUGACUAUAUAUAUGGCUAUGUGGCGGGCAAAGGCCAGAAGAGAGAUGGCACAGAAAGACAGGGAAAUGGACGCUGCAAAGAUGGAUACCAUGAUGUCUUACGAAACAGUACAUCACAACGGUGCAGUGCCGGUCGAGACUGAUCGUUUUGGCGAUCAUGUGGAUGCAUACCAGAAAGCCGAAUUCCGCGUCCUCUUCUCGCUGAAUCUCUUGAACAUCACGCAGAAUUUGGUACUUACCCUUGGGAUUUUUCUUGUCAUUCUUAUCUCCGCUCUUCAGAUCUCGGUCGGUUUGCAGACGGUCGCUAUGUUUGUCAGCAUCUUGGGAUACUUCACGCAGCUCCAGGCACCCCUCCAGUUCUUUGGAAGCUUCUACAGCCAAGUGCAGAAUAAUCUUGUCGAUGCCGAGCGCAUGCUUGACUUGUUCAAAGAGAAACCGACCAUUGUUGACUCCAAAAACGCGAAAGAUUUGCCAAAUUGCAGUGGCCGUAUCACAUUUUCUAACGUCUCGUUUGCAUACGAUAAGAGAAAGCCGGCUAUUGAGGACGUGACCUUCACCGCGGAGCAUGGUACGUCAACAGCCAUCGUAGGCGAGAGUGGUAGUGGCAAGUCGACAUGCUUAAAGCUUCUCUUCCGCUUCUAUGACGUAUCGAGCGGGUCUAUUCAGAUUGAUGGUUCCGAUAUACGUGAUGUCAAACUUGAGGACUUACGGAGCCAUAUGGGUAUUGUGCCGCAGGAUACCAUUCUUUUCAAUACGACCAUUCUCUACAAUCUGCAGUACGCGAAACCGGAGGCAACAUUGGAGGAAGUCUACGACGCUUGUAGGGCAGCCAGCAUACAUGAACGCAUACUGAGUUUUCCCGAGGGUUACCAGACUAAAGUAGGGGAACGUGGUCUACGCCUUUCUGGUGGCGAGAAGCAGAGGAUCGCCAUUGCGAGAGCUAUACUCAAGAACCCUCAGAUAAUUCUUUUAGAUGAAGCUACAGCGUCGUUGGACUCGCAUACGGAGAAACAGAUUCAAGGUGCGCUUGACAGGGUAACUGAAGGACGUACGACCAUUACAAUUGCGCAUCGCUUGUCGACGAUCACUGGGUGUGAUCAGAUUCUCGUGCUCCACGAAGGAAAGCUGGUGGAAAAGGGGACUCAUGAUGAACUGCUCAGAUUGAGAGGAAGGUAUUUCAGCAUGUGGGAAAAGCAGACUAGGUCAACCGAGACGACGGAACGAAAGUACGAAGGUACAGCGGUGUAGACUCGCAUACGCCAAAAGGGUGAGAAUGAAAAACUGAUCCUGAAAUCUACCGAGUGAGCCGUGAUUUGAUGAGGCUUCAGAAAUACCGAUCGAUAUACCUUCGGCAAGGAGGAUAGUGCCGGUUCGAGGCCAUUGCGGGAGGGAUAAAGGGCGCCACUCCUCAACCUGACCUACAUCCUCUCAAGUUGUUGCGCACCAGUACCUUGAUUUAGAACGUUGUAGUUCGAAAUCAAUGGGACCAUGAGCUGUCACAUUUUUGGUUUGACAGCUUUUGUCCAUAAUUCGGCUGUACUGUCAACGACCACUUGCCGG